CAGUACAUGGGCUGGGCUACGGAAUUAGCCCACUUUCUAUCUUCUUUCCCGCCAAGGGGCCCAUUCAUACAAGAAUGGCGAAAAUCUGCAAUUGUUCUUUUACACGCAUAAUUUUCACUCUUGACUUGAAUUGCGCUGAAUCCCGAGGAUCAAAAGUGGUUGAACUUCAGAAAAAAGCAGCAAACAUGGCGGAUGAAAAAGAUGCUUUUUAUGUUGUACGGAAGGGGGACACGGUUGGAGUGUAUAAAAGCAUAAGUGAUCUUCAAUCUGUUCUUCGGUCCUCUGUGAAUGAUCCUUCUUUAAGUGUGUUUAAAGGGUACGGUUUGUCUAAAGCAGCUGAGGAAUAUCUCUCAUCUCACGGACUUAAGAAUGCAAUUUAUUCUAUUGAUGCCAGCGAUGUGCAAGACGAUCUUUUUGGCCAACUUAUCAUGUGCCCCUUUCGGCAACCAAAUUCUACUAAAGAAAAAUCAUCUGGCAAGAAUCAUUUAGAGAAGAGGCCACUGCCAGAAUUAGUUGGAUCAGCUUCAUUUGCAGCGAAUCCUCAGAUAAAGCAUGCCAAAUUAGAUAAUUUCCUUCAAGGUCCACCAAUUUCUUCUUAUUGCAGUUCCUGUAUUGUUGAAUUUGAUGGUGCUUCAAAAGGAAACCCUGGACAAGCUGGUGCAGGGGCUGUGCUGCGGGCAGCAGAUGGGAGCAUGGUGUUUCGGUUGCGGGAAGGUGUGGGUAUUGCUACUAAUAAUGUUGCUGAAUAUCGAGGAGCCAUAUUAGGCUUAAAAUAUGCCCUUCAAAAAGGUUUCAAACAUAUACGUAUUCAAGGAGACUCUAAACUUGUCUGCAUGCAGGUUCAGGGCCUAUGGAAAACCAAAACUCAGAAUAUGGCUGAACUAUGUAAGGUGGCUAAAGAGCUCAAAGAUCAGUUUCUGUCUUUCCAGAUCUGUCAUGUUGAAAGAGAGUACAACACCGAAGCUGAUGCCCAAGCAAACCUAGGAAUACAUCUAAAGAAUGGUGAAAUUCAGGUAGAAUGUGACAUGAAAUGAACCAUCUGAUCUGAGGGAAAGGACUGCUUUGCUUCACCUUUUUGGUGGAUUCUUGACAGGAUAAUGCCACUGGAUGCAUUUGGUAGCAUUUAUCUGUUACAAACAAGUUCAAAUUGUAGAUAAACUAUCAUGAUGACUUUUGUGAAUCUAAACUCAAUUCAGGGACCUAUCAU